GGGAACCACUUAUCAAUUCAAUGGUUAUGAAGGAAAUGGUCUUUCACUCGUGAAUUUAGAAAGUAAACACUGUACAAAGUGAGAAUGGCUGGCCAGCAUGCGUCUGCUGCUUUUGGGGGGCUCCCAAAGCAGUUUGUGUGUUCUUUGAGGGUGUUAUUCGACAUUUUGGAUUGCGAUCGUUCUGGCUAUGUAUUUUUCACAGAUAUUGAAAAAUAUUGGGACGAGAAUGCUGUACGUGGUUUGCCAAUGGGUGUGUUACCGUGUUUAAAAAGAGCGACAGCGAAAAGUGGACUGAUCAAUUUUGAAAGCUUUGUCUCUGCAUUAAAAACUGCAUUGUUCCCAUCGAUGACGGAAGGUCACCGAAAUUUUAGUUCCCAUGCCGAAAAGAAUUUCUAUCGUCAGCGAGAUCAUCCACGAAGUACGUCAGUACCGGUCACUCUUGCAAAUUAUCGGCCAGACCAUCCAGGUUUAAAAGGAGCUCACGGCAUGGCUUAUCAAGGAACAACGACAACAACAGUUCAUCUGUCAGACAGAGCCGAGCGAGCCCUCAGUCCCCAACGGCAUGGACGAACAACAGCGACCGUCCGUCCAAAUAUCACUCCAAAAGUGCAACAGAACAUUCAAAAUGAGAACCAAGUUCCACCAAUGAAUCGGGAAUCAAAAUCAGUGUUUCACGGGCACCCCCUAUCUGAAAGGGACCCUAACCAACAACAGUCUAAAUCAGAUAGCGCACUGAUGACAAAAAAGUGGCCCAGAGACCGAUCUCAAAGUGACAAUGUAUCGAGCAUGAUUCAGAAGUUUGAGACUAGGGGAACCAGCACUUCUGUGCAACCUGGGACACAUGCUGGCGUUCCACUCGCAAGAGGGUCAAAGACGCAAUCGAUGGAUGCAAUAGUGCCAUCGAACCGUCCCCUCAGCCCACCGAGUCAAGAAAACAAAGAGAACAAACGGCACAGUUCUGCCAAUGACGACCUCAUCAGCAACCGGUAUCAUUACGCACCAAGUAGAUCACGUGAUCGCUACAUCAUCCCACCAUCCAAUCAAAACACUCACAACAGCCCUGUCAGUCCAACCAAUCAAAAUCAUUACAACAUUCCGGUCAGUCCCACCAAUCGUAACAAUCCUGUGAGUCCGACCAAUCAGAGCUAUUAUAACAGCCCUGUCAGUCCGACACCUCAAAACCAGUACAUCCCUGUGAGUCCAAACAAGAAUCAGUAUGGUCACCAUGGAAACAGCCCAGGCAAACCUCAACGUGACCGUUCACCGUCAGCUCCUCCUGGUGGUCAAUAUCAUCAACAAGGACAUAAACAAGCUAAUAUACGGACUUCAAGUUAUUUCCCUCCAUUACACGAGGAUGAGGAAGUUGAACAAAUUUAUAACCAGGUGGCACAACAUGUGCCGAGGACACCAGAACGAAUUGUUUUGUCAGCGAUGCAGCCGCAUGACUUAGACUACCGAGGACCCGUGGCGCGAUCCAGUGAUCCCGUGAGUCAUGUGACGUCACCACCACCCAAGCACACUUACCGCAAAGUGAGGGAGCCAAGGCGGCAUACGCUGCAGAAUGGCGUUGACUUUAAUGUGGUGAAGCGCAUGAAGCAGUUAGAGCAAGAGCGUGACAUCUUGCUGCAGGGUUCAGAGGCCGUCGACCGAGCAAGGGAAUGGUAUCAGAAACAGAUACAGAACAUUCAGGAAAAACAGAAGAAUAUUGGAAGGUCACAACACAUGGACUACUCAGUCGAAGCACAGCUGGAGAGGAUGAACUUCCAGAAGGCGAGGAUCUUUGAGGUGAACCAGCAACUUGAGGCGUUGGUGGAGAGUUCAGAGAGGGGUUUCCCUCUCCAUAUGAACCUGGCCCUCCCCUCACAAAGACCGAGCAUGGACUACGAUGAUGAACGAUUAGACCGAUUACACAAUCAAACACAACUCCUAACUCAGGAGGUUUCAGAGAAAAAAGACAGAAUAGCACAGUUAGAAAAAGAAAAGUUGUUAUUAGUUCGGGAAUUAUUUGAGGAGCGUGCGAAACGACGGCCUGUCGAGGAUGCUAGCAUGAUGUGACGAUGGGAGACUUUAGAAUGGAGGUUGUAACAUGGACCGAUUGGAACAUGGAAGUAGGAAGCACCUUAGGUUGACAUUGCUGAGAACUGUGGUGUCCUCUAUAGGCUCUAGCAUAGUUAUGAUUAUUAAAGGAGUUGUUUGAAAUUGACAUCACUAUGGAGAAAUGAUGUGGUCUCAGGUAACCAGCAUAAGAGGUCUCACUCUGCUUGCUUUCUUUGAGUCUUUACAAUCCCACCUGGCGUCGUGUAAACAUUCAUUGAACAAACUCUGCUAAGGUUGCACAAAUUGAGUGUGAAUGGUGAAUACCUAUAUCCGAAAGAUUUUGGAUCACACAAUCAUAUCUGUUCGGAACACCACUUGCUGAUGGCAGCCUUUUUGGUGGCCGUGAUGUCUAGUAGUUAUCCACGUGUUUUAUGUCAUUUACUCUUCUGCCCAGCGAAUGAUCUCUUGAUGUCUCAAGACAUAACAUUUUGUGUUGCUGCCCUUUUUCUGCUCCGAGCUCAAUAAAAUAUGUGCAUUUUCACCCUUGUUGAAAGGGAUAGCUAGAUUAUAGGUACGUUGCAUGGGUACUUACUGCUGUGUUCUGUUGGUAGAUAUAUUGCUGAGUGAUAUGAUUACUUAAAUGUAACAUUACAAUUCUAUUUCAUUGGUAAGAUUAUGUGAAAAGUAGUAAAAAAAUUUGAUGUUUUCAUGGAAAUUAGAUGAUAGAUCGUAGUGUGAUGUAAAAAAUGUCAUAUUUUGGGAGAAAUUUUUGAUGUAAGUGUUUUUGCAAACUUUAUAACUCAUAGCUUGUCAAAGAGCCUCCCUCUUGUAGUGAUAGGAUAUUGCAUUUGUAUACAUUGUACCUUGAGAUUUUCUAUGUAAAUGUUGUGCUCAAAUACCUUUACGUAAUAUGCUACAACCAAACAUUCCAUAUUUACACUUUUAUUAGAAAAUGAUGGUAGAAUCAUACCUUUGAAAGAGAUGUUAUUUAGAAUAUGAUUUAUUAGGAAAGUUUAUAGUUUUCGACAGAAUUUUGAUUUACUAUGAAAGUAGCUUGGACUUUAAGCGUUAACAAUAUGUUCUGUUCAUUAGGAGGAGUUGUCAUAUCUGGACUCCUCAAUGCAACUUGACCAUUAUGGAUCUCAUUGAUUAUGCGUUGAAGACUAAUUGUCUCUGAAUUCUCGGGGUUAAUACCAAUAGAUUCAGUCAUGUGCAGCAUUCUCCUAAUCACCAAUCAGUUUUAUGAUCACAUGUUGGAUGAGAUUUCGUAAUCACUAAUGAUCCUCCUCAUCAGCGUUCCGUGUCUUGGUAAUAGAGUCAUUGGAACAGUUAAUGAAUCGGAAACAAUUCACUGCCUGAUGCCGGCUCUUUCCUUCGAGAUGGGAUUCGUUCUGCUCUAUUGAGUAGCAUCAAUUGCUAGCUUAUCAAUUUGAAACUUUGAGCUCAUCAUUCACAAUGUAUGCCUUACAUUCCUGUGAUUUCUCUGGCAUUUCUGAUGCCUUGUAGAAUACGAAAAGCUUAUUCAAAGCAAGAAGGAAAUAAAAUAUUAUAUAUUUA